GUGUACAAAUACUACACUACACAAAAUGUCUUUUUUUCUACUAUCUUGAUUUUACAGGUCAACUCCAAAUCACAGGUGAUAUAUCCAGGUUUACAGUGACUGUGGGACGAUUCCAUGAUUUACAGAAGUCCACAAGUUUCGAUUUAUGUCUGGCACACAUAUGCUUUUCCAAUCGAGGAGGACACCUGUUUUCCACCUCUCGUUGCUCUUGUAAUAAGAUCCUCAGCAGAGACACUGCUUAUAAAUUUCGCAGGAUCAGCAUAAACACUAUGAGGCCCUACAGCCACGUAUAUCCAGAGGUCGAAACCUUACCUCUAACCUUUCACCGAUCACAAAGGAAAUGCGUUUUAUGCACACGUAUCUCUUCGUUAAGGUAAACACGGGAGGGGGAGGGACUUCCUAAAAAUGACGCUACCCGGAAGUCAAGUAUUCUUACAUUCUUGAGCAAAGCUUGAAGGGUAGACGAGAAUGAAGUUUACUGCUGUUUAAUUUAAGGAUUAUUCAACGUGUAAUCCACAACAGAUUCAGAUAAAUGACUUUGAGUAGUUGAAAUGGGACAUAAUCUUUAAAGCGACGGAAAUAUGAAUGUACUUGCAUACUAAAGAAGACGGGAAACAUGACAGAGUAUGAGCGCGCUUUGACUCAUGUAAGUCAGAUAUGUUGGCAUUUUUACGCAUCAUGGUGUUGCUUAAACUCAGCUCUCAUGGGUGAUAAACAGACCGGUUAGUCUCUUACUGUAGGCAGAUGUGGUUGAGAGAGUUCUGGAUGAUCUACAGGCUCUGCUGAAAUUCACUGUGUCACGUUGGACCGUAACACCUAUAUCAGAAUCCUGAAACCUGGAAUAUGUCUUAUUGUCAGCUUCGGUUGGUUUAAUGUUACAAAUUUAUUUUACUUUUGUGACAACUGACCGAAAAAUAUCAUGCAAAGCAUGUGAAAAAAAAUUCAAAGAUCCUCAAGACUCUUCUUGCCCAUCCAUCCAUCGAACCUUCCUGUUCUUAAUGCCCGCUUCAUAUCCUCAUCCAUUUCUUCCUUCCUGAAUCCUCUGUCCCAUCACGCAUCAGGCCAUGCUCCGCAAGAAAAGUUCUCUUGUCAUUUGUGGUGCUUUCAUAUUUUUAGCUUGGAAUGUCAUUCUUAUUUUUGUCUUCUUGAGACGCCCUUCCACUCAAGGGUUUCAGGACAGCCAUGGUGAACCUGGUAACGCUGGGGACGCAGCCGAAGGAGGCAAGUUUGGAAAUAUUAUGAAUGAAGUGAUGCGCGUAGCCGAUGCAUUUGAAGCUGAACUUGAUUCGCAGAGGAAGAUCCUAUUGCAAAUCCAGAACCAGUGGUCAGUUUGGGAGAACAAAGGCAGUGUAACAGCUGCUAAGCCAAAUUCAGCUCCGGUGGUCAUCCCUAUUUUAGUCAUUGCCUGCAAUCGUGUGACAGUGAAACGCUGUCUUGACAAACUCAUUGAGCUCCGACCUUCGGCCGAGCUCUACCCCAUCAUAGUGAGCCAGGACUGCGGACAUGCAGAAACGUCUGACGUGAUUGCUUCGUAUGGCAGUCAGCUCACCCAUAUCAAACAGCCUGAUCUUUCAGAUAUCUCAGUACCUUCACAGCAUAAGAAGUUCCAGGGUUACUACAAAAUCUCACGGCAUUAUCGUUGGGCACUCAGCCAGGUUUUCAACACCUUUUCGUACUCAACGGUUGUCGUUGUGGAGGAUGAUUUGGAGGUGGCCUCUGAUUUUUUUGAGUACUUCAGAUCGCUUCAUCCGAUUUUAAAAUCGGACCCAACUCUGUGGUGCGUGUCUGCCUGGAAUGAUAAUGGCAGGGAAGGAUUCGUAGACCCUGGAAAAGCGAGCUUGUUGUACAGGACGGAUUUUUUCCCAGGCUUGGGCUGGAUGCUCACAAAGGAUCUCUGGACAGAGCUUGAGCCAAAAUGGCCGGCCUCGUUUUGGGAUGACUGGAUGCGGCACCCCGAUCAGCGCAGAGACAGGUCCUGCAUCAGGCCGGAAAUUUCCAGAACUUUAACAUUCGGCAGGAAGGGUGUGAGUUUGGGGCAGUUUUAUGACAAGUACCUCCGCUUUAUUAAGCUCAAUAGCGAAUUUGUGCCUUUUACAAAAAUGGACCUGUCGUAUUUAGAAAAGAAGAAGUAUGAUGAGAACUUUGAGAAGGAGGUUUACAGUGCUUCGGUUGUCACCGUGGAGGACUUGCAGAGUGGGAAACUGUCUGGGUCUGGGCCAUUUCGGGUGCAGUAUUCUAGUCCUGACAGUUUUAAAACAUUGGCUCGCAAUCUUGGUGUAAUGGACGACCUGAAGUCAGGAGUCCCACGAGCUGGGUAUAGAGGUGUAGUUACUUUCCUUUUUCGUGGAAAGAGGGUCUAUUUAGCACCACCUGCUGGUUGGAGUCAAUAUGAUCCAAGCUGGAGUUGAGGUGGGCUGUGCCUGCCUCACAAGAUUUAUUUUUUAAGGUGCAAAGCACAUACAUAAAAAUUAUAUUGCAUGUUAUGCGUUACCAUCAUUCCCUUCACAGCAUUCAUGAGAUUAAUUGUCUUAAAAUUCCAUUGUGCUGCUUUAUGAUGGAAAAACUCCCAGAAGGGGUUUCAGGAUGAAUAUAAUAUGAUACCAAAGACAACAACGGAUUAAUUGAUCACUCAGACUUUUUUUUUUUUACUCAGGUUUCAUUAUUUUUAUGUAUAUUGUCAACUAGGAUUUAUUUGUUAACUUUGAUUAGUCACAUCAUUAAACUGAAAGAUUAAACUGAUAUCUUAUACUGUUCAGUUACACAGAUUUUCCACACAAAGUAUAUUUGUUUAGGAAAUAAAAAUGAGGUAAAUAUGAUUAAAAAAGUAACACUUAUUUUUUUAAAACUGUGAAUGCUACUCUAAGUGCCUAUAAAUGUAGGAUGUUUUGACUCACUUCCGUGUACUGUCUUUAUUAAAUCAUAUGUAUGGUUCAUAGCAUUGUGACUGGAAUAUGUUUUGAUUAUGUUUUGUGUUUUACUUAUAUACUGGGAUUUUUUUGAGAGGAAAAUAAAUGUUUUGUUAAAUUUAA